AUGUCUUGUUCUUAUUCUUCGAAGAGAGCCGCGGGGAUAUUUUUGUUACGCAAUAACGAGAAGAAGAAGACGACGAUGAUGAUGAAAAUGAUGCGCGAUUUUGAAGCGUCUGCGUCUUCCCCAACGCUUACGAAAAGUCAUUCUUGUCGUUUCUAUUCGUCUCCGGCGAAGAACGAGUCCGCUUCUUCGUCGAGUUCUUCUUUACAGCACCACUUCGAAAAGGAGUUACCGGUCGAUUUCGAGAAAAAAGGCACCGGUGGCAGAUCGUCGUAUUCCGGAAUCACCGCGGCCGUGUUCGGUUCGACUGGGUUUUUAGGCCGGUACGUGGUGAAUCACUUGGCGAAAAACGGCAGUCGAGUGCUCGUACCGACGAGAUGUUCGGAGAACCAUCGACAACAUUUAAAACCAAUGGGAGAUUUAGGACAAAUUGUACAAUUCGAUUACUCGAUGAGAGACGACGAGGCGAUUAAAUACGCGGUGGAACGCGCGAACGUGGUGAUUAAUAUGGUCGGGAGAGAGUGGGAGACGAGGAAUUUUUCGUUCGAGGACGUGCAUCGAGACUUUCCGAGACGAUUGGCGGAGGCGUGCAAGGAGAGUUCCUCGGUGAAGAGAUUGAUUCACGUGUCCGCGCUAGGGGCGGACGUGAACGCGAAAUCGAAGUAUUAUCGCACGAAAGCGGAAGGGGACGAGGAGGUGAGGAGGAUUUUCCCGAGGGCGACCAUCGUGAAACCGGCGAAAUUGAUCGGCGUGGAGGAUAGAUUUUUGAACGUGUUCGCGGAACACGCGAGUAAGUUUCCGUUCGUUCCGUUGACGGGAUUAGGGGAAUCGAAACACCAACCGGUCUCGGUGGACGACGUGGCCAUUGCCAUCAGCCAAAUGCCGUACGACGAAGAGACGGUAGGUAAAGAGUACGUCUUAGCCGGCGAAAAGACGUUCACGAUGGAAGAGUUGGCAAAGUUAACCGUGGACGCUGGCAGAUUCCGCUCCGCCCGAGUCGCGUACAUCCCGAAGUUUGUCUACAAACUCCUCUCCGCGCCGCACGAGUUCUUGUUAAACCGAGUCCCGUUCCCGUUGCCGACGCCGAAAGGGUUGACCAGGUCCUUCGUCGACGCUCAAGACGCGGAUUACGUGAAGAAACCAAACGAGUUAGGAUUUAAAGAGUUAGGGAUGACCCCGGCGAAGAUGGACGGCAUCACCAUCGACUAUUUGCGUUCGUACCGAUCCGGUGGUUAUUUAACCAACCCGUUGGCAAAGAAGGAAAACUUUCACGAGGAAGCCCGAGUGCCGCUUCGAUGA